UAAUUGUGAAUAGUGUCAAGAUUAUAAGUGAGAACUGAGAACAGAUAAAAAAAAAAAAAUACAGAGGGAGUAAGGAUUAUGGUAUCGGGCUACCUCCUUCCCUAUCUACUAACAUUUUGAUUUGUAUGUGCAGAUGACAUUGAUUGCACAAUCUGCUAAGGACAGAAUAAUGGACAAUGACCUCUAUAACGCGGCUUUAUAUGGAGAUACAAGAUUGUUUGAGCGACGACGACAAGAAUCUAAAGAGGCUGAUGAAAUUCAAUCAGCUGCUCGUGAUGAUAAUACUAAUGAAUAUGACGAUUACUAUUUUCUUAGUCAAGCUAAUGAUGGAAGCAACAUAAUUCACAUAGCACUCCGACAUGAUCAUAAGGAGUUCAUCAUGGAAGGUGUAAAACAUUUUUCGCAUCUUAUUUACCAUAAAGAUUCCAAAGGAGAUACUCCAUUACAUGUUGCUGCUAGACUUGAAACUCCUACAGCUUUAGAAUUCUUAGAAUCUUCCAUCACCACAUGGUAUGUAGCCAGCUAUAGAAGUUUCGAAUCUGAUCACCUUCCACCAUGGAUAAUGAAAAAUUCAAAAGGAAAUACAUUCUUGCAUGAAGCUGCCUCAACCAGUAACUAUCAGGCGCUACUUCUCGCAACAAAUAACAAAUUUGUAAGCUCUGAAGCAUUUUCAGAUGUGAAUAACAAUGGUGAGACUAUUCUUCAUGUGAUAGCGAGAUAUGCCAACUUCCAAGAUAGUCUAACUAAAGAUGUGAUGCUGACAUUGCUGAACAUAACCAAAGCUGAUGUACUACAUAUGCGUGACGUUGACGGCUUAACUCCAACCUUAAGAGCUGCACAAUGCGGAAAGCUUGAGCUACUUAGCUUGAUUUCUUGUUAUUUCCCUUCAUUGAUACUAGAUUGUGAUCAUAAGGGUAGAACAAUUCUGCACCUUCUUAGGACAUCAACUAUAACACUCGACAAUAAUUCAGGCUCAGAAACUUUGUGGACAUACUUUACCGGCUUACAGGCAUUUGGUAGUCUCAUAUUCAUACAAGAUCAUGAUGGAAAUACACCAUUACAUCUUGCCAUCAUCCUUCGUGACUUCGAUAUUGCAGAUAAUCUCUUCAAGUAUUAUGCCAAAAUAAAUUCAAACACAAGGAAGGAGUUUGUGAAUAUUAAGAAUAAUGAUGGAAAGUCGAUUAUAGACUUGAUAGUUGGUGGAUCAGACAUUCCUUCAUACCUGUUGACAUUGAUUGCACAACCUGCUAAGGGAAGAUUAAUGGACAAUGACCUCUAUAACGCGGCUUUAUAUGGAGAUACAAGAUUGUUUGAGCGACGACGACAAGAAUCUAAAGAGGCUAGUGAAAUUCAAUCUAUUGAUCAUUCUAAUAAUUCUUAUGAAUACGAUGAUGAUUAUUUUCUUAGUCAAGCUAAUGAUGGAAGUAACAUAAUUCACAUAGCACUCCAACUUGAUCAUAAGGAGUUCAUUGUGGAAGGUUUAAAACACUUUUGGGAUCUUAUUUACCAUAAAGAUUUCAAAGGAGAUACUCCAUUACAUGUUGCUGCUAGACUUCAAACUGCUACAGCUUUAGAAUUCUUGAAAUCCUCUAUGACCACAUGGUGUGAAAGUGAUAUAAGUUUCAAAACUGAUCAUUUUUCACCAUGGAAAAUGAAAAAUUCUAAAGGGAAUACAUUCUUGCAUGAAGCUGCAUCAACCAGUAACUAUGAGGCUCUAUAUUUCGCAACAAAAAUAGAUUAUGUAAGCUCUGAAGCAUUGUCAGAUAUGAAUGAUAAUGGUGAGACUGUUCUUCACGUGAUAGCAAGAUAUGCCAACUUCGAAGGUAGUUUAUCAAAAAAUGUGAUGCUUAGAUUGCUGAACAUAAGCAAAAUUGAUGUACUACAUAUGCGUGAUGUUGACGGCUUAACUCCUACCUUAAGAGCAGCACAAUGUGGAAAGCUUGAGCUACUUAGCUUGAUCUCUCAUUAUUUUCCUUCAUUGAUACAAAAUUGUAAUCAUAAGGGUCGAACAAUUCUGCACCUUCUUAGGACUUCAACCAUUACAACCAACAAUAAUUUAGAAGGCUCAACAACUUCUUGGGCAUACUUUACCGUCUUACAUGGACUUGGCAGUCUCAUAUUCUCACAAGACCAUGAUGGAAAUACGCCAUUACAUCUUGCUAUCAUUGUCCGUGACUUUGAGAUUGCACACGAUCUCUUCAAGUGGUAUGCCCAGAUAACUUCAAUCUCGUGGAAGGAGUAUGCGAAUAUUAAGAAUAAUGAUGGAAAGUCGGUUGUCGACUUGAUAGUUCACGGAUCAAACAUUCCUCUAUACCUGAAAAAGUUGAUAGAAUUGGCUUCUAUCAUUGGAAGAAAAAUGGAUGACAAGCUUCAUGCGGCUGCUAGAACAGGAGAUACACGUUUGUUUCAGCAACGAAGCUCACAAGAGAAUGAUGAAAUUUCUCAAGAGAUUGUACAAAAUUAUAAAGAGAAGGAUGAGAUUGGUACUUAUGAUGAUACUUAUUUCUGUCGUCAAGCUGAAGAUGGAAGUAAUAUCAUUCAUAUAGCACUUCGACAUGGUCAUGAGCAGUUCGUUAAGGAAGCUUUAGAAAGAUAUUUUGAUCUCAUCUUCCAGAAGGACUCCAUAGGAGAUACACCAUUGCACGUUGCUGCUAGGCUUCAAACUCCUGCAGCAUUAAGAUUCUUGCAAUCGUCUCUCCACAAUGGGCGUAAUAGGGAUAGUGUACAAAACUCAGAAAUCGAAAACCUCCGGAUAUUGGCUGUAAGUAAUUCAAAAGGAAAUACAAUUCUCCAUGAAGCAGCACGGACCAAUAACUAUGAGACUAUACGUCAUUUAUUAUAUUGGUCAAGGUAUACGGGGAACAUUGAAGGAAUAGCAUGCACAAAUCACAACAAUGAGAAUUUUCUUCACCUGUUAGCGAGAUAUGCCACAUAUACAGCAACGAGUAGCUCGUACUCAACGAAGUAUAGCUUAAUGGCACGUGAGUUGUACAUCAGCGCCUCGUGUGCCUAUGUACGUGAUAAAGAUGGCUUCACUCCGGUUUUACGAGCAGUACAAUGUAGGCGACUUCGUUUGGCUAAUUUUCUUGUAAACAAAUUUCCCGAGUCAAUAAAGAUAUUUGACAAUAAAUAUAGAACAGUCCUACACCACCUAAGUGCAGCUCUGGUGAUAGAUGUUGUUGAUGAUUCAGAAGAUAUAACGCCACUCUUGAAAAAAUUUAUCGAAUUUCACGGGGUUUGUGACUUUAGACUUGCUCAAGAUGAAGAUGGGAACACACCUUUACAUUUAGCUAUAAUGAACGAAGAUGUUUCUACAACAAAAUUUCUCAUGGAAUUAUGUCUCCGGGAAGAGGAAAGGCCUGAAUUAACUAUAAUCAACAAAGAUGGUCACUCGAUUUUCAAUCUACUCUCGUCAAAAGGCCACAUAGCUACCCUGUUUGAAAUGGAAAAGUGGGUGAGCAAAAUAUAUAUCGAAGAGAAACAGAUAGAAGAGAAGAUGAUGUUGAAGGCCGAGCUCUACCAGGCUACUGAAGAUGAAGAUAUUGAUAUGGCAGAGAAGUUGAACUAUGCAUUAACGUACAUGGAAGAAAGACAGAGAGUAGAUAAGAUGAUGAUGGACUCUGAGCUCUACCAGGCCGCAAUCGACUCCGAUGUGCGAAUCUUUCGUAAAGUGAGUACCAAUCGUUCACAGUACUUUACCAGGACAAGCCUAGAUGGAAGCAGCAUAAUACAUAUCGCUGUCAGACAUGCUAAACCAGAAACAAUAAUGUUUCUUCAGCAUGCUCUACGCUUGUUCCCACAUCUCAUCUCAAAACCAGAUAGUAACGGGGAUACACUGGUUCACCUUGCUGCCAAGUGCAAAACUGAUUUCUCUGCCGACAUAAUAUCAAUGUACUAUGGUAGUGUCAAGGAAAUGAAAGGUGUUGCUACCAACCCAUCCGCAGUGAAAAACUAUAAAGGAUCUUUGGCAAUUCAUGAGGCUUUACAGGCUGACAACUUAAAAGCUGCAAAGAUUUUGUUAGAGCGUUCUGAGUUUGUUGCUACUACUCGUAUCAACGACUUGGAAGAGACUCCACUCCAUGCUUAUGCUAGAUAUGGUUCUUCCCGAAAUGGUGAUGCAAAAGGGUUCCUGAGCACUUUGUUCAAAAAAGACAAGUCAGCUGCGUAUAUCCGUGAUAAUCAAGGCUUCACACCAUUAUUAAGAGCAGCAAUGUCUGCUCGCUUUCAUGUUGUAAAAGCCAUACUUGAUGAUUGCCCUCAAUCAGCAAACCUUCGAGAUCCAAAUGGCAGGACUUUUUUGCACCUUGUGCGUUUUACAGGUGGGGAGGUUGAUGAAAGUUUAACAGACAAAUUUGAACAGACAGGCAAGCAGUUAUUUAAAUAUCCUGAGGUAGACUUACAAAGGCUGGUGCAAGAUAAUGAUGGAAACACCCCUCUUCAUUAUGCCAUAAAGACUGGAAACUCGAUCGUUGCAAUUGUUUUAACUCAAAGAUGUUUAGAAUCAAGAACUCGAGCAGAACUUGACUUGGUUAACAAAGAGGGUGCUACAGUAUCUGACCUACUUGCAGCACAUGACGUCCCGAACGAGGUAAUUGAGCUAAUACGGAAGAAAGAGCCAGAGGCAGUAUACUCAGCAAGAAGCUCAUAUGGUAUCCACAAGACGGAUAUGAAAUACUCAGCCAACGCUCUCUCCGUGGUUGCUGGUCUCCUUACGACCAUAACUUUUGCAGCUGGGAUUCAAGUACCAGGUGGUUUUAACGAAGAUGAUGGCUCCUCUGUGCUACUAUUGAAGCCAGCUUUCCAAGCAUUUAUUGUGUUCAAUACCUUUGCAAUGUGCGGCUCUAUGCUUGUCCUAUUCUAUCUCCUAUGGGUAAUGGGUAUCGGUAAAAUUCACGGCUCUCUCAUGGUGUUAGACCUUUCUAUAUUUGUAUUACGCGCAUGCUUCUACUCCACCUUAGGAGCAUUUACAACCGGCGUGUAUGUAACCACUUCCGAGAAAUCUUUCUGGCUGGCUAUCUUUGUGUGUGUGAUCUGCUUCCUUACCAUCUUUGUAACAAUCAAGGUUUCAGUCGCCAAUAUCACCAGAUUGGGUAAGUGGGUGAGCAAGAGCAGCAGAAUGAUGCUAUCGUUGAUUCGCGGUCGUUAUAAUGCUCAUAUGACAGCAAUCCCAUUCCAACCUGUUGCCAAUAAGGAUAAGGUUGAUGUUAUUGUUGAGUCAAAAGCACCGUAAUUUGGAUCGUCUGAUCGUCUCAUAGCUCGAUGGAUUUUUCUUUUGAUAUUUGUUUAGAAUUUGGCUAUUUGGCUAAGUUUUUGCUAGUUAAUAGCAAAAUGAAGAGAACAUCCACCCUUAGAAGUUUGGCAAAUUUCUGAAAGGCCAUUUGUUGUGAAUUAUGGACCCAUCUACAAUAGGUGGUAUCUAUUCAAAAUAAAAAUAAAAAUUGUCGUGAA